UUGACCUACCAUUGCCUGUAAUCUCUCCUAAGGCAUUGCCUUCGGCACUGCCGCUGCUUCGCGACGAGAAAUUUCAUGACGUCACUUUCCUCACAGUUGAAUAGCAUCGUUAAUAUGUAUUCACUAAACCUUGGAGCGCAGUGCGUGGCCGGUGGAGUACGCAGUCGGUGAGAUCUACGGCGGUGACGUUCGACUGAUCCCGUGCCACUGGUGAAGGGAUGCAGACAGAAUGAAGGCACAUCUACUGGUGCUCAGCAGUCUGGGACUGUUGCUGCUCUGUGGUGGAGUCCACGGAACAUUCGACUUCUUCCUGUCGCGCGAUGAAGUCCGUAAAAUGGACGUCGUUGGGUGGCCGGACACGUUUUUCUACGUGGAUAACGGCAACGUCAACCACAACACUGUGGCAUACAACUUCCAGGUCCCAUACGAAAUGAACACGCUCACGUUUUCGUGGCGUGCAAGAGACUACAAUAAUGUGACCUACUCCCUCUCCAGCCACGUGCUGCCCGGCAGCGAGGACAAGCUGCGCUCCCUGGCAUUCGACGUACCGGCCACAGGUCGCAUCCCGCUGCGCGAGGGUCAGUUCCGACUGAACCUGAGGUGCGCUCCGGAGGCGGCGGCGGCGGAGAUGGCGCCGUCGCCGGCCGAGUUCGUCAUCCAGCUGGACGCGGUGGCGGCCGGGAAGCUGACCAGCGUUCAGCUGAGGCGCCGGAAACACUGCUCAGAGCCAUCACCGUUCGAGGCGGACAUCGUGGUGAUGCCGCGCCGGGACGGGAUCGGCUCAGCGGCCACCUUCUACGUGGGUCUCGGCGCGCUGGUGGCUCUGAUGGUGGGCGCGGUCAUCACCGGUGUGGCGGUGGCCUACUGCAGCAGAGGCUGGGAGAGCACCCUCAGACCUUCCCCGGCCAGUCAGUACUCGUCAGUGAACGGCAUACCACCGCCGCCCCCGCCGCUUUCCGCCCUACCGUCUGCCAGUCCCGCCGGCUCCGUGGGUACCCUGACAUCACGGCCGGCCGGGGAGCCGCCCUCUGUGCCGCCCCCGCCGCCGCCCGGACCGCCGCCGGCCGCCCCCGCCCCCGCCCCGGUGCUGGAGCCACUGGAUGUGGACAGUCUGGAGGUGGAAGAGGUGCUGAUGGAGGGCACGUUCGGCCGCAUCUGCCGCGGGAGACUGGUGAAGGAUGAACAGGAUGACCUGCCCGUGCUGGUCAAACUGGCAACAGAGGUGGCCUCCGACACCCAGGUGUCUGUGAUGCUGCGUGAGGCGGCUGCCAUGACGGCACUGGCUCACCCGAACCUGCUGUCGGCCAUGGGCGUGGUGGAUGACGGGCCGGAGUCGCGCCGACCGCGCAUCGUCUACAUGUACUACCCGAGCGUCAACCUCAAACGGUUCCUGCACCAAUGCCGCUCGGCCGGCGAGGGCUGGUCGCGCACUCUGCUCACACAGGAGGUAGUGCACAUGGCCGUGCAGGCUCUGAACGCCCUCAGUCACCUGCACCAGCACUCGGUGGUGCAUAAGGACGUGGCAGCGCGCAACUGUGUCGUGGACGACCAGCUGCGUGUGAAGCUGUGCGACCUGGCGCUCUCGCGCGACCUCUUCCCGGGCGACUACCACUGUCUGGGCGACAACGAGAACCGUCCCGUCAAGUGGCUGUCGCUCGAGGCGCUGUCGGAGCGGCGCUUCUCACCGGCCGCCGACGUCUGGUCGUUCGGCGUCCUGUUCUGGGAGCUGAUGACGCUCGGCCAGCAGCCGUACGUGGAGGUGGAUCCGUUCGAGAUGGCUGCCUACCUGAGGGAGGGCUACCGGCUGGCCCAGCCCGUCAACUGCCCUGACGAACUGUUUGCGGUGAUGGCCUACUGCUGGGCCACGGAGCCGUCCGAGCGGCCGGGCCUGCAUCACCUGCAGACGUGUCUCAUCGACUUCCACAUGCACCUCGACAACUACGUCUGAGUCGCCGUCUCUGUCAGCCGCUUCUCCCCUUCUGAGCCGCCGCCCACUGCCACUCGACCGGGCGGGGAGAGACCGAGUCUCAGUACUGGUGAUACAGGGUAUUCGGCAUUUAGGUACACCCGACACUGACAGACCGUGGUUUUAGGGAUCGGUGGGAUUGUGGAGUGCUUCGCUACAGUCUGCUGCUGCAUGUGUGGGUGUCUGAUGGCGUGUGUGUGGUUCGGGGACCACUCUGAUCGCUGCCAUAAAUGUUGCUCGCAGUCGCGUGUAAGUGAUGCAUAUCUUUGUUCGGUUAGCCAUAUCAUACAUUAGGAUCAGCGUUCGCUGUGUAGCGCCCUGUGAUAUUUCGCCGUCAUUGCUAGCUCGUGUUUCUUUGAACGGUUCGCUUUUUCCAUGUGCCGUGUGCGUAGACGAUGUUUUUAUGUUUGAAGGGUGGGCCGUAGUUCUAUUUGCAUCAGAGGCGAUUGCCCGCAAGUAUGGGCUGCGUGACAAUGAAUCUCGGCGAUCGCCUGUCUACUGCAACGAGAGAACCUCUGAUGUGUCUGAUUCGAUUUUUAUCACAAGUGACGACUCAAGAGGUGUGAUGGUAGGUACGCAUUAUGAGCAUCAACUACUAUUGAUUUGUCACGCCUGUAGCAAUGAGAUUUUCACUAGAUAAAAAAUAUGAGAUUGCCAGUAAGUAUGUUCAGUAGGUAUUGCGAUGUGCGUCGUCUGCAGCCUGACAGGUAUGGGCUCUAUUUCCAGUUGCUUGGUACAAAGUGCGGCUCCAUGGGUCACACGGAGGUGCUGAGUUAAAGAUAAUGUAUUGAUACAUCUAGUUCGUUGAUAUGUUUGGUAAGUUGGUAGGUUGUUUCUCGUAUAGGUAAUUAUUUUACCUCUCGGUUGAUGGCACGCCCAGGUGAUUGUUACGGACCCGGUUGUAAUAGUAUGUUUUGUGACGUAUUUUCACUAUGUAUAAUGGUAUCUUAUCUCCUCGAUGAGUAUCUUCGGUAGGUUUGCCUGGACGUGUCUCAUCGAGAACGCGUCAUUAAAUGUCAUUGUACCUUAUAGAAUAUGCGAUACGCGAUGUUGCUUAUGGCAUCCUCCACACUAUGUUCAUAUCGUCAAGGUUGUCAUGGCAACGCUAGUUGUGCGCGUUCAUAGGACAAUGAUUCCAGAUGGGUACGCCUUUUGUUGAUUUUUUUUUUCUGACGGCGUUCCGAUUCGUGGGGUCGGCCCAGGCUGACCAACCGCCGCGUCGUAACUGUGCCACAUUUCCAUUGUUUCGCAACAUGUUUCAUCAGGGUUUUAGAGAGCUUCGCGUUAGUCUGAACCUCGUGCACGAGGCAAAGGCGGCCAGAAGUGUCAUUGUGCGCAUGUCUCGCUAUCAUCAGCUGGCCGACUGCAUCGGUAGACUUCCGUUAGCCAGUUUUUACGCAUUUUUGCUACGUCAAAUGCAUUUGUAAUUAA